AAGAACAAAACCAAGAAAAACAUCUGGUGAUGAGCCAGAACAGGCUGCUACCUUAGACUCAUAGAAUGGUUUGGGUGGGAAACGACUUUCAGUGACCGCCUGGUGCAACUUCUCUGCCAUGGGCUGAGACACCUUUCCCUAUAUGAGUCUUGUGUCUCCUUCUACCAGGAAGACUGCCUGAGAUUUCUGAUGGGUUAAAGAAAGGAUCCUGCCUGGAGUAUUUAAAUGGACAGUGGUUUGAAAAGCACCACAGCUAAAUUGAAAGCUGCCUCAAACAACCUAUUUAUCUUUAAAAGCCAAGCCCCAGUUCAGGUAGUUUUCCAGGAGACCUAACCCAAACUUCACUCUAUCCUGCAGAAUCAAAAAGGGAAGAGCUCAAUAUCUAACCCAUUUGUUCUUCCCUCCAGAGAAGGCAAGGUGUCUAAUGUGAGCACGUGUCCUCAGCAACCAGGUCAGAGAUUAGUGAUGAUUUUAACACAAGAAAAUUAGAUUGAAAAUCAGAUUCUCUUAUUCACAGACAGGAUGUUUCCAUAGCACCAACUGAAUGAAGGAACAUACCAAACCCAAACCAUCCCAAUGCAGCCACCAGGAGUUUCCACAGAUCAUAGUGACAAAGUGACUCAACUACGAGGGGAAGGCUGUGGAUGGAGUCUUCUUGGACUUCAGUAAAGCCUUUGACACAGUUUCUCACAGCAUUCUGCUGCAGAUACUGUCUGGAUGGGCACACACUUUCCUGGGUUGAAAACUGGUUGGAUGGCCGGGCCCAGAGAGUGGUGGUCAAUGGAGUUAACUCUAGCUGGAGACCAGUUACAAGUGUGGUUCCUCAGGUCUCGGUACUGGGUCCAGCCCUGUUCAAUGUCUUUAUCAAUGACCUGGAUGAAGGCAUUGAGUGCACCCUCAGCAAGUUUGCAGAUGACACUAAGCUGGGUGGAAGCGUGGAUCUGCUGGAGGGUAGGGAGGCUCUGCAGAGGGAUCUGAACAGGCUGGACUGCUGGGCUGAGGCCAAUGACAUGAGGUUUAACAAGGCCAAAUGCCGGGUCCUGCACUUGGGGCACAACAACCCUGUGCAGUGCUACAGACUGGGGGAAGUCUGGCUAGAAAGCUGCCUAGAGGAGAAGGACCUGGGGGUAAUGGUUGACAGCCGACUGAACAUGAGCCAGCACUGUGCCCAGGUGGCCAAGAAGGCCAAUGGCAUCUUGGCUUGUAUCAGAAACAGUGUGACCAGCAGGUCCAGGGAGGUUAUUCUCCCUCUGUACUCAGCACUGGUGAGAUCACACCUUGAGUACUGUGUUCAGUUCUGGGCCCCUCACCACAAGAAGGAUGUUGAGGCUCUGGAGUGUGUCCAGAGAAGAGCAACAAAGCUGGUGAGGGGGCUGGAGAACAAGUCUUACAAGGAGCAACUGAGGGAACUCGGGUUGUUUAGCUUGGGGAAGAGGAGGCUGAGGGGAGACCUUAUUGUUCUCUACAACUACCUGAAAGGAGGUUGUGGAGAGGAGGGAGCUGGCCUCUUCUCCCAAGUGACAGGGGACAGGACAAGAGGGAAUGGCCUGAAGCUCCACCAGGGGAGGUUCAGGCUGGACAUUAGGAAAAAAUAUUUCACGGAAAGGGUAAUUGGGCACUGGAACAGGCUGCUCAGAGAAGUGGUUGAGUGACCUUCCCUGGAGGUGUUUAAAGGACAGCUGGAUGAGGUGCUGAGGGGCAUGGUUUAGGGGUUGAUAUGAAUGGUUGGACUCGAUGAUCCAGUAGGUCCUUUCCAACCUGGUGAUUCUAUGAUUCAGGACUUUCUGUCCCAGUCUUUCCCUUCAUGGAAGGCUUCACAGUUACUUCUCACCUGUGCAUGCGCUAAUCACAGAAUCAUAGAAUGGUUCGGGUUCAAAGGGACCUUAAAGAUCACCCAGUUCCACGUCUCUGCCAUGGGCAGGGACACCUUCUACUGGAUCAGGUUGCUCAAAGCCUCAUCCAGCCUGGCCUUGAACACUUCCAUGCUGAUGGGAAACCCUUCAGAGGCUCUCUAUAUGAGAACCUUCGUCUAGUUUCCAGCAUGUAAAGCCACCACGUUAGAGGUUUCUCAGCAGUGGUCCCACUGCUGAUCUCUGCUUGAGAGAAUCAGAACUGCUGCUAUUUCUGCACACAGCACCACAUCCACCCAAGAUGUCACUGUAGAAUCAGCUAAGGAAAGCUUGGUGCUGCUUCCUCGUCAAGUUCCCUAAGAUGGAACAGCAUGGUAUUUUUAUCCCAUUACAAGCAAAACAUCUGCAUUUACCCUGUUCACAGCCCUUACAGGAAUCUAAGUAAGUUCUAGAUUUUACUAUUAUAAUUAAUUUUCAAGCUGACUAAGCAAAAAUCUGC